UCUAAGUAAGUUGGAUGUCAAAACCCCCUCACCCUUAUAUAAAACUGUUAUUUUCCCCCCAGGCUCUGCAGUAUACAGCUCUGCACAAGCACAGGGACACAUAUGCUAAUCUCACAUGCUCCCCCACCAAGCAUUUUGACCUCUUUAAACACUGCAGGGCAUAUUACACCAUGCAGAAUGUGUAAAUUCAACUGGAACAUUUCAUAGGGGUGUAACAAUUCACUGUGGCAUGAUAUUUCACAAUUCAAAAAUACAAUGAUAUGUGAAGGGGCUGUGGUGGCCUAAUGGUUAGGGAAGCGCAUUGGUAAUUGAAAGAUGGCUGGUUCGAAUCCCUGACCAGCAAGGUACUACUGAGGUACCCUCAGCAAGGUACCACCCCCAAGCACUGCUCCCCAGGUGCUGAAUUAGCUGCCCCCCUGCUAUGCCACGAUGUCACAUAUGGGUUAAAUGCAGAGGACGUGUGUGCUGUGGUGUGUCAAUGAUCACUGUAGGUAAGACUUUAACCUGUAACUUAUGGAGCAUGAGGAAUGACAAGCACCCUUAGACAAAGCCUAAACCAAUAAAAUGCACUUCAUGCAAAAUCAUUUGGAUAGCAUCUAUAUGUAUUAUAUCAGGAGUUUUGCUCUGUUGUUGUCCAUACAUCGAGAUUAUGCUUGAGAAUCAUUGAGCAAAGUCAACCACAAUCUCACCCAACACGAGUCUUUCAGCGCCAGCACUAGACAAGUCAUGUUGCUUUUCUGUUUCGAAACUUCUGAAAGGAUAGAAAUACUUGUAGCCCUUCUUUAACACUACAUGCCCUGGGUAGUGUUGUCUGCUGCAGUUCCCUCAUUCGGGUGGCUGUGUUUCAGGUAUAAUUUCAAGAGUUGCUUUGUUCCCAGUGUAUGGUGCUGAUGUAUUUUUGUAAUAAGGGCUUUAAAUGAUUUGUUUUCUCUGUUGGAUAAGACCCAUGAGGGGACCCAUGAUGUCUUGGAUAGUGAUUCCCCAGAACAUAAACUCAUCAGCUGAUACUGAAUCACAGUUAGCCUUUUUAUACUUGAUUGGUAUUACGGGAUAUGUGACUCUGUAUCCAGUUACUUCUAUAGCUGCAUUUAAGCCAUAAAGAUCCCACUGCCCACCUGUUUUUUAUGCGAUAAAUUCUCCCACCAGCCCAUCUGCCCUGCUAAUAUAGUCAGGAAGUCCUGUCCAGAAUGAGAAUGCAGUUAUACUCUCUCCGUAACCACAGCUUGUACAUUUUUCCCCAUAUCUUGUAAUACAAGACUAUCUGUUCUACCUUAAAGUAAAUUAAGUCCCUUAAGCUGCCACAGGAAAUGUAUAUGUCAGGGUAUAGAUAUAAGAAAAAAAUGGACUAAAGUAAUUUACCCAUGUAAUGCCCUUUGUGAUGCUAUGAAUCUUGAAUCAUUCAGCAUAGUUGCAUAACUUAGCAAUGCUCUCAUGUUAAUUUCUGCUGUCGACUUUCAUAUGAGGUUUCUGAUUAUUGUUUUUCAAGAUAUGAUAGCAAUUGAAAUACUGAUGCAAUUGCAUAUAUUUUCCACCACAUCCUAUUUUUAGCAUAUUACAUUACUAUGCAGUAAAAUCCUGCUAUAGUGGGCUCGCUUAUAACGGAAUAUCGUUUAUAAACAAACAAACAAUUUGGUCCCCAGGGUCACUUUUAGCUGUAGUUUUGUUUCACUAUAACGCACAUGCAGACUCCACCUACAAGGCACGUGGCGUGCCAGUGAUAUCCAGCCCAUUUACGAAGUCAGGAUUAUUAAAAGUCACGCAUCUGGUCAGAUAAAGUUGGAUUACUAAAUGUACAAUAUAAUAAUCUAUACCACAAGUGUGUCUGCUGGGGUGUGGCAUGAGUAAAUGGUGUCCUAUAGUUGUGUUCUGGGCAUACAGCAACUCUGGAUAUAACGGACUUUGGAUAUAACAGACUGUUUUGCCCUUGAAGUCCGUUAUAAAUUGAUUUUACUGUAAUGUAAAAAAGUAAAUUAAUACAUUUAAAGUAAAAUUAACACUUUUUUAGUAUGUCUUGUUAAAUAUUUCUUGAUGAUCUAUUAAACUGUGUACACGUUAGAGUGAUGAAAAAUAUGUGCAUGGAAAGGUAUGAUUUUUCAGUGAGGAAAUCCUGUACAAUUGAAUUAUUUCAUGUCGCUGCAAAGCCUGCCCAUCCUCCCCCCGUACGCUUCGGGCAGCAGAGGCGUGCACUCCAAGGAUUCACACCCCCGCCAACUCACAUUAUUUUUCACACCAAGAAGAUGUUCACACGGCACCACAUGAGGCAGUUCGCGCUGCCUGUGAACGUGAGGUAUUUCUCACUGCUGGCGGGUGGCUGGGCGGCUUGGCAGCCAGUCUUGGGGGCCUGAUGCCAUAUGAACAAGGCACAUACAGAUGUAGGGGAAAGAGUGGGAAACCGAUGGAAAUGUCUGCACGGCUCCUGACCUUUAAUCGGAUCUUUCUCUAAGUCGUAAUAAAGGCAGCCAUAUUAAACAACGCAAAGCAUGUUUACAUUGUAUCAUUGAAAAAGACAUGGGUUAAACAAUUUAGGAUAUCUUAUAAGAACAUCUAGGAGAAUGGCCUCUUUAAAAGAGGACAAGUGGAGUCUAAUGUUAGGUUGAGUUCAGGUUUGAGUUUGACCUGUCCUGCCAUAUAAAAAAAAAAAACAGACAUUUGGUUACCUGCUCUUCACAUUAGAAAUCUGUUGAUUUGUGUCUGUGUGUGUCUGUGUGUGUCUGUGUGUGCUUGCAUAUAUUAUAUUGUGGGGACAUUUUUUUUUGGUGAAUGCAAUUUUAUCUGUGAAUACAGUCAAACAACUAAAAAUUCCAAAAGUCUUGUAUUUUGCCUGAUUACUUAUGGUUAAAGUUAAGGCUGGGUAGGGGUUAAGGUCGUCAUAGAAAUAAAUGGAGAGACCCCUCAAAGAAUCUCUCUCUAAUCUGUGUGUGUCUGUGUGUGUCUGUGUGUUAUGUUUAUAUUACAUUAUGAGGACCAAAUGUCCCCCACAGUAUGAUAAAAACCUGUUAUUUUCAUGGGGUCCCCACGAAGAUCUGUGAAUGCAAUCCAAAAAGUAAAAAAUAGUCUCAUAUUUUGUUUGUUUACUUAUUGUUAAGGUUAGGGCUGGUUAGGUGUUAAGGUCGUCAUGUUGGGAUUAGAGUUUUCCCAAUAUAAAUUAAUGGAGAGUCCCCACAAAGAUAUAAUUACAAACCUGUGUUUGUGUGUGUGUUUGUGCGGUGUUUCUGUGCGUGUCUGUGAUAGUGUGGGUUUUGUCCGUAUAUGUAUAAUUUCUGUAUAAUUUCCUUCUGCACUCCAAAGACAUGCAGUUAGAUCAAUUGUAUACUUGAAAUGUCCAAAUGUGCAAGUGACUGUAUGAGUGUUUGCCCUACAAUCGACUGGUAUCCAGUCCUGGCUGGCCUUCUGCUGCCAGGGAUAGGCUCUAGGUUCACCACAACGCUGUACUGGAAAAGUGGUUAUGAAGAUGGAUGAAUGGUUUAUGAUAUAUGUCAUGAAAUAUGCUGGAAUAAUUGAUACACUUAUUGAUUGUUAUUUCAUUUGUGGUUAGAACCUGUCCAAGUUAGAUGAAGACAUGAUGGUUUUCUUAUACAGCAAUAAUGGCCUUGUAGGCUUCCAUGCCACUUUUAAAAAAAAAAAAAGUAAUAUUCAUAAGGGUGAGUGUGGGUGUUUUCUGUUGAUUAUAUACUGCUGAAUGCAACACCCUAUGACAUUAUGCAUAUUUCCUUGUGAUACAUCCAUCCACUUUCCAAACCACUUAUCCUACUGGGUCGGGGGAGUUGGGGUCCAGAGCCUAUCCCGGAAUCAAUGGGCACAAGGCAGGGAACAACCCAGGAUGGGGGGCCAGCCCAUCGCAGGGCACACUCACACACCAUUCACACCUACGGGCAAUUUUAGCAACUCCAAUUAGCCUCAGCAUGUUUUUGGACUGUGGGGGGAAACCGGAGUACCCACGACGACAUGGGGAGAACAUGCAAACUCCACACACACGUGACCCAGGCGGAGACUUGAACCCGGGUCCCAGAGGUUGAGUGGGGCUUCACCUUUCCUUGGAGACAGCAAACAGGAGACUCUGGUCAACGUCUCUGCAGUGAACUACAAAUUUGAUGAAGAUUUCUUCAGUAACACCAGUAUCCUCGCCAAAGACUUCAUAGCGAGGCUCUUGGUCAAAGACCCAAAAAAAAGACUGAGCAUUGGGGACAGUCUGCAGCAUCCAUGGAUCAAGCCAAAAGACAAUGAGCAGGACACAAGCAGGAAAGAAUCUACUGUCAAUAUGGAGAUGUUUAAGAAGUUUGCUACCCGGAGAAAAUGGAAGCAAUCGGUGCAUCUCAUCUCUCUUUGCAAUCGUCUUUCAAGAUCAUUUAUUUCCAGGAGCAAUGUGAGCAUGACGCGCAGCGACGACACCCUGGAGGAAGAGGACUCCUUUGUAAUGAAGGCAAUUAUCCAUGCCAUUAACGACAACAAUGUUCCUGGGCUCCAAAACCUUCUUCAGUCCCUGACAAAAUAUGACAUAAACCAAACUAACAAGCAUGGAACUCCACCUCUCCUCAUAGCUGCAGGUUGCGGGAGCAUCCCCAUCAUCGAAGUUCUGGUGAAGAAAGGGGCUGAUAUCCAGGCCCACGACAAGGCAGGUGCAAAUGCAGUUUAUUACGCGGCAAGACACGGACAUGUGGAGACCCUGAAAUUUCUCCAUGAAAGGAAGUGCCCACUCGAUACUCAGGACAUGUCUGGAGAAACCUCUCUGCACGUGGCAGCAAGGUACGGCAACAUGGACGUUGUUCAGUACCUCUGCAGUAUUCACGCCAACCCAAACCUUGUAGAUAAGGAAAAUGAGACACCGCUGCAUUGUGCAGCCUGGCAUGGAUACUACCCUGUGGCAAAGGCACUGUGCAAGGCCGGCUGCCAAGUCAAUGUAAGGAACAGUGAGGGCGAGAGCCCACUCUUAACGGCCUCAUCCAGGGGUUUCCGGGACAUUGUGGAGUGCCUGGUGGAGCAUGGAGCCGACCUGGACUCCAUGGACAAGCUGCAUGUUGCAUUUGCCGCGUUUGACUUUCAGGACGGUCGCAUUGCUCUGCACCUGGCCGUGCGCAGGUGCCAGGUGGAGGUGGCGAAGUGGCUCAUUGGCCACCACUGCCACGUGGACCAGCAGGAUCACCAUGGUAACACCCCACUUCACGUCGCCUGCGAGGAUGGCAACCUGGACAUCGUGUGGGCCCUCCGCAAUGCCAAGGCCAACCCGGACACUCCAAAUAUACUUGGGAGGACACCACUGCACCUGGCUGCUAGCAGUGGAGCCCUUGAAGUUGUAAGACACCUCUGUGCCUCUGGUGCCAACAUGGAUGCCACUGACAAUGAUGGGAAAUCAGCCGAGGAUCUUGCCAGGAUGGGACUCCAUGACAAAAUCAUCAGUCUCCUGGGAAAGCUCAAGAAAGAUCACCACAAGGGGAAUUUCCUGCACCAACUGCGGCCCACGCAGAUGCCACAGCCUCGCAUCAAGCUGAAAGUGUUCGGCCACUCCGGCGCCGGCAAGAGUACCCUGCUGGAGUCCCUCAAGUGUGGCAUUCUGAGGAGCUUCUUCCGCAGGAAGAGGUCCCGCCUGCCGUCCGCCAGCUCCCCACGCUUCACGCUCUCCCCGGCACCUCCAGUACCCACAGUGUCUAUGAGUGUCUCCAAUCUGUAUCCUGGGUGUGAGAAUGUGAACGUCCGGCGACGCAGCAUGAUGUUUGAGCCCAGCCUUGCCAAGGGAGUACUGGCGGUCUUCUCUCCCAUGCACAGUGCUCAGUCCACAGUGGACGAUCAGUCUACCAAAGCCAUUGACAUCCAGAACAUCAGCAUCAAUGGAGUGGGAGACUUCAGUGUGUGGGAAUUCUCCGGUAACCCUGUGUACUAUUGCUCCUAUGACUACUUUGCUGCUAACGAUCACACGGCCAUACACCUGGUGCUCUUCAGUCUGGAGGAGCCCUACGAGGCCCAGCUCAACCAGGUCACCUUCUGGCUGAAUCUCCUCAAGUCGCUCACCAUGCUGGAAGACAGUAUCACUUUUGGUGGAAAGGUGAAGCACCCACUGUGUGUUGUGCUGGUGGCGACCCAUGCAGACACUGUGAACCUCCCUCAUCACUGUGGAGGAGAAUUUGCCUACGACAAGGAGAAAUCACUGCUCAAAGAAGUCAGGAACAGAUUUGCAAAUGAUCUACAAAUCUCAGAGAAGCUCUUUGUCAUGGAUGCUGGGGCAUCAAGCUCCAAAGUGAUGAAACUGCUGAGAAACCACCUUCAGGACCUGCGAAGCUCCAUUAUCUCUUCCUGCCCACCGAUGACACAGCUGUGUGAGAAAAUUCUUUCAGCCCUGCCCUCCUGGAGAAAACAUCACCGGCCCAAUCAGCUCAUGCCCUGGCACAAGUUUGUCUCGGAUGUUCAGGAGCACAUGAACCCCCUGGCCAGCGAGAAAACCUUGAGGGAGGUGAUCUCGCAGCUGCACAGCAUGGGGGAGAUGAGCCUUCUGCAGAGUGAGAUGAUCCAGGAUAUUGUUUUGCUGGACCCGCGGUGGCUCUGCAGCAACGUACUCACCAAGAUUCUCUCCAGCGACACUCCAAAAGCCAUCCAUCACUAUAGGGGGCGUUUUAGCCUAGAGGAGCUUCAGAGCCUGCUGGUAGAUCAUGACGUGGACGAGUUGCUGCAAAUCCUGGAUGCCAUGGAUGUGUGUGUGCGUGACCCCCUCAAUUCUACCAUGGUGGACAUCCCAGCCCUCAUCAGGGCCAACGGGCUGCACCACUCUUGGACAGAUGAGGAAGAAGAUGAGGAAGCUUUUGUGUAUGGUGGUGUGCGUGUGGUGCCUGCUGAGCAUCUCACCCCCUUCCCAUGUGGUCUGUUUAACAAGCUGCAGGUCAACCUCUGUCGCUGGAUCCAUCAGCAGCAACCAGAAGGAAGUUCCAUCCGUCUGUGGACCAAUGGAGCCAAAAUCUCACACAGGGGUGUGGAGGUCAUUCUGCGGCUGGUUAACCACGGCCAGGGAAUUGAGGUCCAAGUGCGUGGACUGGACUCCCUAAAAUGUUACGUCCUGCUGGAUGUGAUGUGCAACCUCAUUGACAACCUUCUAGCUACCACUCUACCUGGGCUCAUGACAGUGAAGCACUACUUGAGUCCCCAGCAGCUGAGAGAGCACCAUGAGCCCAUCAUGGUCUACCAGCCAAGAGACUUCUUCAGGGCCCAGGCACAGAGGGAGACUACCCUCACCAACACCAUGGGAGGGUACAAGGAAAGCUUCAGCAGCAUCCUCAGCCUCAGCUGCACAGAGGUCUAUCACCAGGCCAACCUGGGUGUGGAUGUUCACAUAUCAGACAUUGGUCUCCUGGCAAGGAGGAAGCUCUGUCGACUUUUGGACCCACCAGAUGCCAUGGGAAAGGACUGGUGCCUUCUUGCCAUGAACCUGGGCCUGUCAGAUCUUGUGGCUAAAUACAACCGUGUCAAUGAUACUCCUGGAGAGGAUGUGACUUACCCUAGCCCCACUGCCCUGCUCCUGCAGGAGUGGAGUAGACAUCCUGGCAGCACGAUCGGUGUCCUCACUGCCAAGCUGAGGGCACUUGGGCGCAGGGAUGCAGCCGAUUUUCUGCUGAGGUCAUCCCCAGUGUUCAAGGUCAACCUGGAGGUGACCACCCUGGACAACUAUGGGCCUACUUGUAAUGGGGGGACCUCCCACAACUCCAUCAGCUCUGUAAUAUCCCGGUGAAACAAUCAGCCAAGCAGGUGGAAUUUCAGUGGGAUCCAACCAUUUACUGUAUUGAUUUGUGUGAAAAUGAACUUCUGGUAUGUGUCAUAUCCGGGUUAAAUGCACUUAGAUGCAUUAUGAAUGGACAUUUACCAUAGAAGCAUAGUCUCUUGUCCCUAAAUACACCAGAGUCUAUCAGAGAAAGUAUGUCAGCAUUAGCAUUACUUAUUAAUACUGUUUGACUAAAUAUACGUUUGCAACAAUUUAUUCUUAAUAAUGAACUCUGUCUGCAUUACCUGCUGUUAUAAGUAAGGCAGUAUUCUAAAAGUUAAACUCUCUGGAUAUAUUGUAUAAUAAAGGUCCAUUGGGCAUUAUUUUGACUGACAUUUUUAAUGCUUAGCAAAUUUGAAAGAAACCUCCCAACAGAAGCUGAGUACAAUCAUUUCUCUACCCCACUGAGCCUGCUUUUGUGGGAGUUAGGCAUAAAGAAGAUGGGAAGACUGCAGCUAAAAAGAAGGGUAACUUAAUAACCAGAAAAAAGUAAUUGACUUGGGAUGUGACCCAUUGCAGGGCCACCUACUACCCUCUUUUAACCUAAUUUAUUGUAGUGGAAUAGUCUAAUAUAUAAGUAGAUAGAAAAGUAAAGGGGUUUCUCCUCAAUCAACCAGUUUCACUUUGAAAGCAUAUUAUUGUCAUAUGUAAUAUGCAAUGGAGAUCAAUACAGUGAGUGUUUACAAAUAAAGAUAGAUCUAUUA